AUGUUGCUCCCAGGUAACCUAACCAAGAUAAUUCUCGUACAAUUUUGUUUAUUGUUGACUAUUAUAAGAGGAGAAGACCACAGACCGCUAAAGGGGCGCGUAUACUUCGCAAUAGCAGCCACCCCGAGCGCACAGGGUUACUCCAGAGCAUUCAACAAAACGAUCAUGAAUAUAACCUCGAACUUCUUGUUGGGAAAGAGCGGAAAAAUCGGAUUCAAUAUCAGCCUGGAGACCAUAGUGAUCGAUCUGCCGGAAAAUGGAAGUUUUAGUGCUAUUUUAUUGGAGGAAGUUUGUGCAAAGUUGGAGGGGAAACGCGUUGUGGCAGUUUUGAUUAUCGGCAAUUCACCGGCGGCUUUUACCGUUUCGAUAACGGCUAAACACGCUGCGAUUCCCGUAUUAUGGGCCAGAGGACAUGGACAAUUUUUGCCCGGAUUUAGGGGUUUGGAAUCGAGUCCUCUAGAGGUCCACUUGGCCGCUACGGGCCGCGAACUCGUCCAAGCUAUACGAGGCCUCCUCCUGCAGGCCCACUGGCACACUUUCACCCUCUUGGCGGCCGACCAGGCAGCGGCGACGGCCUUGCGCCGCCCCGAACUUUGGCAGACGCUUGAUUCGACGCCCCUGCAUCCGACGCUGGUCGCCUUACCGUCGCCGAUCAGACCUCAGACGCUUUUCAGAAAAUUAGCGGACAUCUCUAGAUCAACCAGAGGAGUAGUGAUUCUUCUAAGUGACCGAAUAAACUGCAUCAAAAUCCUAGAAGACGCCAAACGUUUAAAUAUGAUGGACGGCCAUUUCGUUUGGGUUUGGAUCGACACAGUAGAAGUAGUGACUAUGAAAAACCUAACAACUUCGUCGGAAGAAGAAAAAGAGAAGGAAAAAGAUAAAAAAGACGAAGAGAGGUUAAAGAAAAGAAGUGCAGGAGAAGAAAAGAUAUCUAAUACAGAGGACCAAGACGAUUGGAGGCGAAAAAUCUUGGAGGAAAAUUUCGAUAAACGCUUAAAACGUAGCCAUGUAGAAAAACCCGAUAUAAGUGAUAUUCAUUUAAAUUAUCUGUUAAAAAACGACCAGUUACUUUUGUUUAAUAAUCAAAACUAUGGCGUAAAAAGUUCUAAAUAUCGGUACCGAUCCUCGUACGAUCUAUUGUUUUCGGGCGAUGUGGGGGAUCAGUUACCACCCGGACUUCUUAGUGUAAGACCACUUCCGGUUAAAGUGGAUAGACAUUUGGUCAAAGGUGCUGUGAAAUUACUGGUUCAUACUCUCAAGCAAGUUUUGAACCAGAGUCCCGAAUGGAUGCUGGAUAAUCUAUUGAACGGACAAAAUAAUGGGUGCUGGAAAAAUAAUGGAAGAGAAAUCAGUUUUAUUAGUGAAUUUGCUAGAGAACUGAAAUUAGCGUGUACGAAUGCCUUAGCUGGAAAAAAAUUCUCACAAGAAAUUGGCGUUGACAAAGUGGACAAAUCAUUAGUUGCAAACUUCGAAAUUUUGAAUUUAGUUCCUGAACCUAGUAUUUAUCUUAAUAAGUCUGAAUCGUCAGAUAAUCCUUCUUCAUCGAAUGUUAGAUGGAAACGAGUUGGAAUGGUAUCCGGUCGUUCUGUGCGCUUAGACACGAUCAUAUGGCCUGGUGGAGAUCUUUCCGUGGCAGCGGUUUCGUCGCGUGCUCGUACUGUAUUCAGGGUGGUCACCGCCCUAUCUCCCCCGUUCGUUAUGGAGAGCGAGUUAGACGAAGACGGACAGUGUUUAAGAGGUCUUCCAUGUCACCGGGUUCUUACAUCAGACAAAGACAACCUCACCCUAGUUUUCAACGAAAUGCAACGGUUAGAAGAUGAGGAAGAAGACGCCGAAAAUAACAAUCCGCAAUAUACAGACUACAAACAGUUCACUAGCGAAUACGAUGAUGAACGAUUUUUUCCGUUUCAAAAAUUUAAGUAUAAAACGAAUUGCUGUUAUGGAUUGGCCAUGGAUCUCCUAGAAAACGUUGCUCAAGAGUUAGAAUUCGAUUUUAGGUUAUAUAUAGCUGCAGAUGGACUUUUUGGUUCAAGAACAGUUAGGAAAAAGCACAAACGGACAGAAAGAGAUGUGGGGAAAAAAUUUCUAAGUUAUAGAUUUAAAGAUGAUCACAUGAAAACAGAUCGCAUCAAAGAACUGAACCCAGAUGAAGUAGACAUCAUAUGGAACGGAAUCAUGGGUGAUCUUGUAUCAGGCGCGGCUCACAUGUCAUUCGCCGGUCUCAGCGUAUCCAGCACGCGCAGCGAAGUGAUCGAUUUCAGCGUACCGUAUUUCUUCAGCGGUGUAAGUUUUUUGGCGGCUCCGCAGCAGAAGUCCGAGAUACCGCUGAUGGCGUUUCUGUUGCCUUUUUCGCCGGAGCUGUGGAUCGCAAUUUUUACAAGUUUGAAUAUAACGGCAAUAGCGGUCGCCAUCUACGAAUGGCUUAGUCCAUUCGGCCUCAAUCCUUGGGGGAGGCAGCGCUCCAAGAACUUCAGCAUGAGUUCGGCAUUAUGGGUAAUGUGGGGUCUUCUGUGUGGUCACCUAGUUGCUUUUAAAGCUCCUAAAAGUUGGCCGAACAAGUUCCUAAUCAACGUAUGGGGAGGAUUUUCAGUUAUAUUUGUAGCCAGUUACACUGCCAACAUAGCUGCGUUGAUUGCUGGGUUAUUUUUUCAUAACACCGUCAGCAACUACCAUGAUCGAAGUUUGCUUAGUCAAAAAGUAGGAGCCCCUCGAUCAUCAGCAGCCGAAUAUUACGUCCAAAAAGCCAACCAACUCUUGUGGCAACACAUGCACAAAUACUCGUUAGAAAAUAUCGAAGAAGGUGUUGUGAAACUUCGAAACGGAUCCUUGGAUAUCCUCAUUGCUGAUACUCCUGUUUUGGACUACUACAGAGCGACUGAUCAUGGAUGUAAGCUGCAGAAAAUAGGCGACACCAUUAACGAAGAUACUUAUGCUAUCGGGAUGACAAAGGGAUUUCCAUUAAAGGACAGUAUAUCAGCGGUAAUAGCCAAAUAUUCCAACAACGGUUACAUGGACAUUUUACAGGAAAAGUGGUAUGGAGGCCUUCCCUGUUUUAAACUAGCUACUGACAUUGCUCAACCUCGUCCCUUAGGAGUCGCCGCCGUCACAGGAGUGUUCAUUCUUCUGGGAGUGGGCAUCGCUCUUGGAUUACUCAUUUUGCUAGUAGAGCAUCUUUUCUUUCGUUAUACUUUGCCAAUUUUACGAGACAAACCCAAAGGGAGUAUAUGGAGGAGCAGAAAUAUUAUGUUUUUUAGUCAGAAACUGUAUCGCUUCAUCAACUGUGUGGAAUUAGUUUCACCCCAUCACGCAGCCCGAGAAUUAGUCCACACCAUUAGACAAGGACAGAUAACCAGCCUGUUCCAGAAAAGCAUCAAAAGGAAGGAACACGAACAACGCAGGCGCAGAAAAUCUAAAGCUCAAUUUUUUGAAAUGAUCCAGGAAAUCCGUAGCACGAUCCGUAGGCAACAACAAGAAGAACGAGAACCGCCGUUAGAAUCAGUCACCGAGGUUGACUCAGAAUGUCAAGUAUCUCCAGAAGAAAAGAAAUCAAAAUUGAGCCCUAGUAUCAUCCGGCGAACUUUCCUGCGGUCCAGUCCUAAGGCUGAUAACGGAAACAAAGCAAGAUCUCCUACAGCCUAUUUCAACAAACAAAUUUUCAGUCCUAGGUCGAAAAACAAGGCGAAGAGUUCAACCACCUUGAACGUUAGAAGAUUUAGUACCGAUUCUGUAUUUAAUUCAUCUCCUAUUCAUAAAGAAGAUCACAGUGCUGUUAUUGGAAGAAGGCUCAGUAAAGACGCUUCUGCGUUUUUAUCAAGUUCGCCUCCUGAUAUUAAUAGCCGAAGGUCGAGUUACUUAGAUAUAAUUUGCUCCGGCUCAAAACUAGCUGGAAAAAGUCCAAUAUUAUCCAUAGAGAACCUCUCAGAUUGUAGCAAAUACUCAGAACCAAUGCGAAAACUGUCAGAUUCCGAAUCAAUAGGAAAAAAACUAGCCACUCUUCCGAGAUACCAACAAGACUCUUUCGAUAAGCACAAACUACUGCAACCACAGUAUAGUUUGACUUUGGGAAAAAGCGACGAAGGUUUGAGUAAAAACCUCAAAGCUGAGAACGUCGGUCAGGCAAGGAGUUUCAAUAAUUUGUCGCAGCCUACCAACGAAAAAUGUAAUUUAUCUGAUGAUGAGGUAGCUAGGAGGAAUAAGGAUACUAUUCGACAGUUAAAGAGUGUAGUCACUAGAAAUCCAAAGCCACCGCUAAAACGAUCAAAAGACAAUAAUCCAAAAACAAACACCAAUCCCCAGAUACGAAUCCAAGUAGAAGAUACUUCAGAGAACGAAGUCCGUCAUCCUCCACUAACCAAAAAGCCUAAAACUAGACACCAAAGCCUGGGAGAUGCUGCUGAGUCUGAAGAAACUACCAAACGAAAUAGGUUAACAGAGCAAUCGCAAUCCCUAGAUAGUGCAAACCCGAGUUCCUCAGGCCGUCGAAGACCCCGCGCCACUUCGAGGUCAAAGUCCCGAGAGGACGACCUUCCCCCGGCUCCACCUCCCCCUAACUGCUCCCCGCGAAACUCCAACGGCCGCUCUCCCUUAGAGCGUCUCUCGAAAGACGAACUAGUCCUGCUCUGGAGGAGCUCUGAAUCAGAGCUCAGGAGCCAUCUCCUAAAGGCUUUGCGGGACAAAGAAGACGCCACUACUGAUCCGCCUUGA